AUGGCAGACGAGAGGAAGACCAAGAACAAACCGAGUCUCUGCCCAAAGAACAAUGAUGCGGAAGAAUACCCAAAGCCUUCAAGAGUGUUCACGACAGAGAUCACACAGUCUUCACAGGACGACACGGCUUCACUUAACCCCUGCACCAGUUCCGCGCACUCAGACGGUGACCGUCAAGAGGACGCCACAGAAGACUGGAGAAAUUUGGGCAACGAAGCUCUCAACCCGGAUGACCACUCCGAUGGUACCAAUCCUGGCAGUUCGGGUGAAACAACACCAAACGCACGCUUCUUUGAGACAUGCAUAGCUUCGAUUGGCGCUCAAGAACAAGCUCCGCAGCCCUUGACAAGACACCGCUUGCAAUCAAUACCGGAUACACGACUCUACAAGCUAGGUUCAGUAUACAACAAGCUGAAAGGGAUGGCGGAAGAUUCACAGGCUGCCACUGCCGGUAGUGAUACGCCUCGGCGGGACCUAGACGCUGAUCCUGAUGGCACUUUGGAGGGCCCUGACGUUGCCUCGGAGCCAGACUAUCCAGCUUACUACAUCUUCGACCCUCGGUCAGCUGGCUCUGCAUACUAUAUGUAUCAAGAUUCUGAUACACAAGAAGGUUACAAGAUCGAGAAAGUUUCCUUCAAGCCCAUGCUGCCAGAGCCAGGACAGCGAGCAUACUGCAUUGAGGCAUCGGAGAAAGACCAAGGUGAACCCAGGCACGAGAGCCAAGAGACACUGUGGAGGGUCGACUCAUCUCGCGUUCCUGCAGUAGUCAUCGAUUCAGACAGCUCAAGUUCACACGAAGCGGUCGUUGAUACGAACGAGCCCCUUUAUGCUGGGGAUGAGGCUACCCAGAGUAUUGCCAGGAAAGUGAGCGAUCGACUUCAGAAGAUCCGGCAUUUGAGGGAACACCUGCGUGUCAUCAAUGGAAAAGGGCGAGACGUUCCAGAAGCGAGAGGACUGUAUCUCAUUGGUGACAAGGAUAUCCGCGAUGUUGUCAGUAUUGUUCUGAGCGAAGUGUUCAAGAAUGGCCAUGUCGAUCGAUCCGAAAGAAGAACCACAACAACGGAAUCUUCUGAGGGUCGACCCCUACCAAAGUUAGACGGAGAUUCAAAUGCUAUUCUGGUGCCUACACCCACAGCAGUAGAUCCAGCAACAACCAUCAACCUACCCAGCACCUCUUAUGCAAACAUUAACGCAUCAGACAUGCAAGUUCACACUAAAACACGCGGUGCCGAGUCCGAUACAACGACAACAGUCAUCACACGUCGGAGUGUUGCUGAAAUUGUUUGGGCUCGGGCUUAUCCUGAAGGCUAUGAUCCGGAUUCGCGAACGCAUGGUCGAACUGUGUCUGACUGUUGCUCGCCCACUCACGGAGGCUCACGUUCGUGUCCAGAUGAUCGAAGACAGAGUCAUCCCAAGGAAGUCAAAGGCGAUCCUACACUACGACAUUUUACUACACCAAAGAGUACAGCUGAGAUUCUCGCAGACAUUAUGUGCAACAAGAGCUUUGAACAGCAACUGAGAGUCAGCGAUGGCACUGUCAUUACUUCAUUUCCCAGGCUCUUUUCUCGUGAUUUGACCACAGAAUGGCCUAGAUCAUUUCCAGAUGGCGGAGACUUGAUCAAGCCUGCACCCUCUACGCUGUAUCACCAAGGCGUUGAUGCCUGUAGUGGUCUUCAUGAGCCAGUAUCAUCACCUUCUAACGAGCAGCCCCCGAUAUGUCCAACAUCCACGACCAACGAUAGUUCGUUCUUUGGUGCAAAUCCUUUCAAUCCUAAAUCUAGGAACAAAUACUUGCCAACUCCUCUUGCAGCAGAGAGAAGACUCAGCGCUUCUCUGGAUGCUGAUACCCUAAGACGCCGCAGCACGCAGAUCGCUGACAUUGAAGAAGAGCGCUUGGACGAUUGCCAACCACGUCCUGGUCUUAUGAACAAGAUCAAGCACGGCAGCCACAAGCUUUUUCAUAAAGGCCAUUUUCGGAGGCCAAACGGGAGUACAGCGACCGAAGAGGAUGCUCUUGAUGAGAGCAGUGUCGUGCGUUCAGGGAACGGCACAGGAAGAGGAGGAGCUCCAGAACCGCCCGUAUCAGAUAGCUCGAGAGUACACAAUACCGCAACAGGGGGUAAGCUCAACGUCGCCUCAUAUGAAGAGGGGAUAUGUUCGGAGGAUGACGAGCCACACAGAUGCGUCAACGAUUCAUCGUCUCGAGAUCUUUCUCCGAAACGAUGA